AUGUGGCCCAAGCUCUACAAAAAGCGAGAGACAGGUGGGGAUGGGAAGGCUCUAUGUGAAACGGUGGUCAGUCCGAUUGCGAGACAGAAAGGUGGCAGAAUAGCUGACGCGUCCAUACCUCAUGCUGAACUCGAUUGCAAAUGCAAAGCUAUGGAUGCCAGUCUUUUACGUGAGAGAGAAGCUUUUCUUAAACGCGCAAAGGCACUUCCUGUGGUCGAGAAGCCACGUGCAGCCCCAAUCCCCUCUAAUGACAUUGGUCCACCUCCGAUCAAACGAGUUGCUGCCUCUGUCCCAUCUGAUCUCAGAUCGGCUGAAUUUCGACCUGCGUUGCAAGGAAAGUUUGCUGUCCUCUCGUCUGUGGUGAAGUAUAUGAAACAAAGACAUCUAGAACGAGAUACGCAUCCCUUAACAGUCGAGGAAAUUUUGGAGGAGGCUCGGCUUCACGAUACUCCACAGUCAACCAUUCGUUGGCUUGAGGAUGAGGCUUUACCGAACAAUCCGAAAAUUAGAGUCACACCGGAUAGAAAGUUCGUCUUCAAACCUCGCUACGAUAUCCGUAAUCGUCACGAUCUCUACAUGUUAUUGAAGCGCCAUGAUCUCAAAGGUUUGGGGGGUAUAUCCAUGGACGAUAUUGCUGAAUCAAUAGCGGAUGCAGAGCGAUUGAUCAAUGUGAGUUCUUUUCCAAUCAUUGAUACCAUAUGUUUGUCAUGUGCCAGUUCACAUAGUUUCACUAAAAUUUAG